ACUCUAGUAGCUUCAAUCUACAUCCUCUUAAAGUAUAAAUCACAGAAUUCGAGGCUUUGCUGCUUUGUUUAAUCAUUAAUUAAUCCCCAUCGCCUUCUUCCUUUUCACAGAACAAUCUCUUCCUGCAUUCAUGUCUAUACUGUAUAGUUUCUAGCAGUACAGUACACCCACCCAUACUGAUUUAACUUCAUUUCCUCUCUCUCUAUAAGCCUCUGCUCUCUUCUGUAAGGAGAAGACUAAAUUGUCAACAAAGAACUCAAGAUAUGGAUAGUGGAAGCAUUAAUGCAUUUGAUACUACUGGUGUUAUAGAAGCUGUUUGGAUUUCAAACCCUCAAAACCACCCUUCUCUCAAUGGUAAUUUUAAUCUUACACCCACCCAAAAUGCCAAAGGUUUGACCUUUUGUAAUCAUUUGUUUGCAUUCCUUAUAUGGGUGGUUUUCACUCUUCAAGUUUCAAGUCCUUUCCUAGGAUAUACUUCUCACUUUAGGGGUUUUCUAUAUUUGCAGUGUGGGUAGAGAUGUUUGGGGUAUUUUUAGUUUUAUUCAGAAUUGGGUUUAUGCGUAGAUUCCAAGUUAAUGGUUGAAGUUUCACUUUCUGUGCUGAAGUGGCAGGAGUAAAGAGACUAGAUUAAUGAGAACAAUAAUGUUCUAUUCCUAUUAGCAAGAAAAGGGAAACCACACUUUUUAAUGCUAAUAUUUCUUUUAGAGAUUCCCAAACAUUUCUUAAAGGAGGCAAUUGUAUGCUCUUUUUGUGGUCAUGGAAGGAUUCUGCUGUCAUAUAUGCUGUGCAUCACCAGUGGACUUUGAAGAAUCAGAACUAGAAAUAGUGAAAGAGCAGCCACUGUUAACACCAAUGGACAAAGAAGAUAAUGGCAUUGAGGAGUAUGAAGGUUGCUUUCAUCGGCCCGAGAAGAAACGGCGACUUGCAGGAGAUCAGGUCCGUUUUCUGGAGAGGAUAUUUGAGGUGGAAAGCAAGCUUGAGCCAGAGAAGAAGUUGCAGUUAGCUAAAGAACUCGGCCUGCAGCCUAGACAAGUUGCAAUUUGGUUCCAGAACCGGAGAGCCCGUUCGAAGGUCAAACUGAUUGAGAAGGACUAUGAUUCCCUGAAAGCUAGCUUUGAUAAACUGAAAGCUGAUUAUGAUUUCCUCUCCGAGGAGAACGAAAAUCUAAAGAAUGAGGUUCAGCUGCUAAGAGAUAAAUUGCUCAUUCAGGAACAACAGUGCAGCGCAAAAUUCGAACCAACCCAUAAAACCAGCACAUAUAAUGAUGACAAUGAACCUCACAUAGAGCAUUGUGCUAGUUUGAUCUCCCCAAAGGGAGAGAGAUCUCCAGUGGUGUGCAAGGAUGAAAAUGCAAGCUGGGUUAAAAGUGAUAUUCUUGAUUCAGAAAGUCCACAUUACACUGAUGGGAACUACUCCUCAUCACACAUAUUGGAGUCUGAUUUCUCUCAGGAUGAAGGUGAAAGCCUGAUCAGCAUUUUCCAGCCAUCUUGCCUGCUCCCAAGACUUGAAGAAGAUCAUGGACACCAAAGUAUAGCAAGUUUGUGCAAUUUGGGGUUUUCCAUUGAGGACCAGACAGCCUCUUCAUGGUGGAGUGUUGGCCUAACUGAGUACUGACUACACCUUUCAAGUCAUAAGGCAUAGCAUAUGUAGUCACCAUUUUACAACUCCUACUUCAAAUCCUACUACGUUUCUGUAUGGCUUAACUGAAAAAGAGGUUUAAAGGAACCUAAGGAAGCUUCAACCUGGAGCUUUAAAAAAAUACCUCUUUUUUUAUUAUAUGUUGUAUUAUUUUUCAUUUUGAAGUACAUAAUAUGAAUAAAUAUUAAUGAGAUGUGAGUUUUUUUACAAACAAUAAA